GUUAAAAUGAAAUUGUUUUAGUCUUGUAGAAAAAUUACCCCAAUGCCUCACCAGUGGUUUCGAGGAGUACGUAUACCAGAUCCAGAUGAGUUGGAACCACUUAAGUUGGUUGGGCGAGAUGAGUGGGGGGCAGUGCCCCCAACGGAGACGAAAUUCCUAAAGAAACCCAUCAGGACCUUGGUGUUCGCUUUCAAUACAGAGAAAGACACUUGCACCAACGUAGAGGACUGCAAAGCUGCUGUGAAAGACCUUCAGACUUAUCACAUGGAUCUGGGCUACCCUGAUAUAUACUACAAUUUCUGCAUAGGAGGUGACGGAAGAAUAUAUGAAGGAAGAGGAUGGCAUGCGUGGCAUUCUGCGAGGUACUCGGUGUAUUAUGGCAGAACUCUGGUGGUGGGAAUCAUUGGAAAAGGAAAAGAUGAAGAGGGGAAUUGGUACCCACCCUUCCAAAAGAUCCUAAAGAAAUGGGAUAAGUUCGGUCGUGGUCAAGGAUGGAUAACGGAUAAAAGAAAGUUGAAGUAUGAUUUCGAAAAAGUGUUAUCAUACGAAGAAAAUCUCAAACAACCGAUGUGGCCAUACAAUUAUAGCAAAUCCGAAACAAUUUUGGAAAGUUUAAUGGACCCAACUACCAAAGACGGUCUUGUGGAUACUGAUAAAAUGAUCCCUAGUAAAAGAGAAUUAGUUAAAAGAAUGAGGCUAAAGGAGAAAAAACAACGUCUAAAACGGAAACACUAAAAACUAUGACUUCCGGGUAUGAUCCCGCCAUACAUAGGAUAUGCAAUACUUUUUGAAGAUUUGACUUUUUGGCGUUGAUGUAGACAGUCAUAGUCAGAUCAGAUCAUCAGGGAGGUAGCACUUGGCACCUUUUCCAGUGAACUACUCUGAAGAUAUUAGUUUAAACUAGGCCAAAAUGUCUGCUCUUAAAAACGCAUUUAUGUUUGUGAUGAGGUCAUAUUCAGAAGACUCAGGUUUUAGUGUUAUUGUAAAGUAUCGUCAAAGUUUUAUAACGCUUCAAAACAUUUUAAAUACGGCAGGUUGACUGUAAAUAUAUACUAUGUUUAACACAUU